AUUUUAGAGAAGUUCUGAUUUUGAGAUGGUGGCAUUCUGGCUAUCUAACACGUAUCGUUUGUUGGUCUGCUUAAGGCAGUAUAGUGGAGAUGAGAACUCUGUGGAAAUGAACACACCGGAACAACGAAAACAUGUCUUGAGAAACUUCGACCUUUCCCAACAUUGUCUGAUUUUGUCAGAUCUUGCUGUUCAACUUUACCAUCAAUUAAUCAAAGUUGCAGAAGGAAAGCUUCAAGAAAUGAUUGUGCCUGGAAUGUUAGAAAAUGAUACCAUUUGGAGUGUUUCAAUUGUAACCGCAAAGCCAGCAGGUUAUAGAAAGAAAACAGGAAGUCUUUCUGGAGAAAAUACGACAUUCACACUGAACUCCAUCAUUCACCAACUAGGCUUGUUCCACAAUAUCCUCUCCAAAUAUGGUUUGCAUCCUGAAAUUAUUAAACAAGUUUACCGUCAGAUUUACUACAUAAUUACAGCAGUCACACUGAACAACUUGCUUCUCAGGAAGGAUGUGUGUUCCUUCAGCAAUGGAGUCCAAAUCAGAAACAAUGUCAGCCAUCUAAUUGAAUGGCUAAGAGGCAAGAAUCUACAUCAGAGUGGUGCACUUGAGAUACUGGAGCCACUGAUACAAGCUACGCAGCUCUUGCAAUUGAAUAAAACAACUGAUGAGGAUGCUGAGGCAAUCUGUUCAAUGUGCACAGCACUCUCAAAGACGCAGAUUGUGAAAAUUCUGACUCUAUAUACACCUGUUAAUGAAUUUGAGGAGCGUGUGACUAUAGCUUUUAUAAAAAAUAUUCAGGAUCGGUUGGCAGGUAGAAGUCCAAGUCGCCGUCUGCUAAUGGAGUUAAAACAUGUAUUUGCUGUAAAUUUUCCGAUCAUUCCUUCACCGGUGAACCUGGACAAGAUUAAAAUUCCUGAAAUCUUGAAACUGGACUUUCUGAAUAGAAUUUGAUUGAUCUAAAUACAGGCAUUUGGCCAUCUGGAGUGGGUACACAACUUGCAAGAUUUUGGUUAAGAAUGAGUUUGAUUUGCAGAACUAGCUUAUUGCAAGUUACUAUAAAUAACACAGUUCAACUUUAUUAUUGCUAACUAUUAAGUAAAUUCAAUUGAAAAGGCCAGGUUUUAUUGGAAGUAAUUUAUUUACGGUUCCUUUUUAAACUUGCAGUAUAACUCUGAAAUGUGUCUUUGCGCAUCUUUGAGAAUCCCAAGGUAUAACUACAGUUAUUUUGGAUUCUGAGCACAAAACUGAAGGGGAUAUAAGUUUGACAAGUUGCAAGGACAUAACUGAGAAUUUAGCUUGAGGCAACUGACUUGGGGUGACUUGAAUUGUAGGUUGGCGUUUUGUUUAGUCCACAUGCACUGAAUUCCUCAUUGCUUGCAUGUUUGGUUUAGUGUGGUUCAAAAAUGAAAUGCUGAGCAAGCUCUCAAAUUUAUUGAGCAAUUAGCCACAACAUAAUUUAUAUUUACAUAGCACUUUUUUCAUUUCAUUUCUUUUGCAUUUUUUGUCCACUUAAGGAAUUGGGCAUUUGAUAUUUAAGACAUACUGUUUGUCACUGAUUUGACAAGGAGAAAAUUUUGAGAUGGUCUGAAUCAUUUGCUUAACAUAUCACUGCAUCCUUUUUAGUUGGAAUCUUAAGAGGGAAAACAUAACAAAAUAAAGCAAGCUUGAGAAUGUCGUGGUUCUCUCCUCUUUAUACUUAAACUGUUCCUGUAUUCUUGAUAAUGAAUUUUAAAUAGGUAAGAGGGCAGUUUGUUUGUGACACUGAUGUAAUAUGAUCAUUGCUGAGUAGCAUCUAAUGUGAAAUACAUAUUUAAGCAGAUACUAAUGCACACUUCAAGAUGUCGAUGUAUUUUGU